AUGAUCAAUGAACAUGUCUGUCUGAUCAGUGAUGGGGUGCUGCUGGUGCCCUACCUGGCGCCAUUUGUGCCACGGUACCAUGAAUGGAUGUGUGACUCGGGGCUUCUCGCGGCCACCGAGAGCGAGCCUUUGUCUUUCGACGAGGAGCGGGAGAACCAAGUGUCGUGGCUGCAAUCGACAGACAAGAUGACGUUCAUCUUGCUGGCACCGGUAAAGGUGCAUCGUGAUGACGCCUUUGCCACCGACUGCCGCCGUCUUUCCAACGAUGCAGAAGAGCAGCAGCAAAUGACGGACGGCACCGGUGCUCGGCUCGUGCGCUUGCGUGGAAGUGUGCCGCCGCUCGCAGAAGUGUUUGGGACAACGUCUUUGUCAUCCGUUUCCUCUCUCGCGCCGUUUUGCCGCUCAGGAGGUGGGGUGUUGUACCCGGGCAGUAUCGUCACUGCCGCGGAUCACGCUUGCGUCGUGGGGGAGUUCCAUCCACAGCAAAACUUACCGAGCUCCUCCGGUGAAGCGAUCCCGCUGUUGAAGCGGUACGCCCCCUCCCAGGUGAAAGAGCUCUUUAACAACGAAGCGAUCUCAUCAGCAUCACAGCAGGAAGGGGCCUGCACAAGAGCUGAGGAGGCGCUGCGCCGUGCGCUGGUGCACCCGUAUGUCAUGAUCGGAGAUUGCAAUCUUUUCUUGCUUGCAGAGGAUGGUGACGACACCGAUGAAGUUGCUAGCGGGAUUUCCGCACUUGACCGGUCGAGCCCCUGCGGACAGCCGCAGAGCUGCCGAUCCCCGCAGUCUCUUGCGAAAUCGUCGAGUGACAACACGCCACCUACUCCGGUGUCCUCCAUGGCACCCUCGCGUACGUUCGAGGUCGAGGUGAUGGUGGCUGACACGGCGUUCCGGCGUCGCGGGUUGGCGGAGGCAGCCGUGCGCAUGAUCAUGCAGUACGCCGUCGCUGUCUGCGGUGCAACCCGCUUCGUGGCCAAGAUCCUUGACAAGAACGUUGGCAGCAUUGCGCUUUUCACAAAGCGCCUCCAGUUUGUGCCGUUUAAGGAGGUGAAGGUGUUCCACGAGGUCCAUUUUGCCCGUUCACUCAUCACAGAGAUGGAGCGCCGUGCGUGGGAGCUGGAGUGCCGGCGCAGUAGCUGCAGACACGGCGCAUCUAACACCACUUCUUUGCACGCUCGAACGGCGGAGCACGGAAGUUGUUCAGGUGCUGUGCCGGGCGGCUCAAGAGGCGCAGAGAAGCUGGAGGAGGAGCCGCCGUCCGCGUCACCACCGCAUUUGCCGCAGACCGAGUCGGAAAUAGGCCACACGUACUGGUGCGCACCGCUGGACGACGCGUUGGCGUCUUCGAUUCGAGUCUUCACACAGACGCCAUAA